AUGGCACUUUCAGAUGAACAAGCAAACGCAGAAAUGCAAAGAUUAAUUAACUUCAUAAAAAUUGAAGCUAUGGAAAAAGCCCGGGAAAUUCAUAUUAAAUCAAAUGAAGAAUUUGCUAUUGAAAAGGCUAGGAUUGUGUCUAGUGAAACAGCUAAAAUUGAUGAGUUUUAUAAACAAAAAAUGAAAAAUGCAUUCAUAGCUCAGCAAAUAUUAAAAUCAAAUAUUAUUAAUACAUCGAGAUUAAGAUUAUUAAAAGAAAAAGAAGAUAUUUUGAAUGAAGUCUUUGAAGAGGUUAAGGGAAUACUUUUUAAACUAUCAGAAGAUGAAGAACGUUAUCAAGAACUUUUAAAAGUUCUUAUUUUACAAGGAUUUUUGCAGUUAAUGGAAACAAAUGUUAUAGUUCGUGGUCGUGCAUCAGAUCAUGCAUUAAUUCACAAGGUAAUUGAUGAUACUAUUGAGACUUUCAAAAACAAAACACAUAUGGAGUUGAAUGUAACUAUUGACGAAGAAUGUCUUCCAUCUGAUGGAUAUGGAGGGAUCAUUAUUUUUAAAGCGGAUAAAAAUAUUUUAGUUAACAAUACGUUUGAUGAAAGAUUAGAAUUAUUAAAAAAAGAUACGCUGCCCAUUAUUCGACUGACACUAUUUGGGUGA